UCCGGCCGCGAAAUCCGCGUUUUAGAUUUAUUGCCAGGCAGCUGGAACGAUGUCGUGAAAUGUGACAUUCGAAUAGUAAGUCUUGACGGAAAUGCAGCCUACGAGGCCUUGUCGUACGUCUGGGGAGAGUCCCCCGACACCAAGAGCAUUGAAGUAUCAGGCCAGCGCGUCCUCAUCACGCUAAAUCUUUAUUCUGCCCUCAGACGCCUCCGAUAUUCUGACAGGAAACGCGCGAUAUGGAUCGACCAACUCUGCAUUAAUCAGUGGGAUAUCAGCGAGAAAGAGAUACAGGUUUCGUUGAUGAGAGAUACCUAUAGAGCUUGUUCUCACUGCGUAUUGUGGCUCGGAGAGAUCCCCGAUGCCACCCAGGGCUUCGGCCAGGAGGAUGCGGAAGCUGUUUUCGAUUUCAUAACAUCAGUAGCAGAGAAAGACCUUGCGCUGCCUCGCGAGCGUUCUGAACAGGAGCUCCCAACUCUAUUACAAGAUGGCCACCAAGGCGAAAAGGCUCGGAAAGCCUUUGCUGCCUUCGCUAUGUAUGGCAAUCCCUGGUGGCAGCGAAUCUGGACCAUUCAGGAAUCCAUUCUCCCAGACUCCGCUGAAUUAGUCUGGGGGCCCCUUUCAAUAUCGCGCAAAGACGUGAUGCUUGUAGCUCGACGCCUCAAACACGGACCGCGCGGCAACUUGACCUCCUUCUCGGUCGCGUUCCAGGCACGACGCAGACAGCAUGAUGAAUUACUUCGAUGGCUGUUAUAUCCGGUACACGGAUUCCUGCACUCUCAGAAUGGCGAAGAGCCGCUGGACUUGUUCAUGCGGUGGCGUCAUCGACAAGCCACAGACCCGCGAGACAAAGUAUACGCUCUAUUGGGCCUGCUUCCUGCAAACAUCCUGCCAAAUGCGCAGAGUUGCAGUUACUUGGUCUCUGUGCCUUUGUUAUUUUCACAGGUCACGCUGGAUCUCAUUCGAUAUGAAGGAGGCCUCAGGCCAUUGGUAGCUGCUAGCGAGAUGGCGCAUAGAACGUUACAGUUGCCGACUUGGGCUAUUGACUUUGCAUGUUCUAAUCGCGUGGGCAAGCGCCAACUAAAGUGGUGGGGCCACUCCCAUCGCUAUGGACAGUUCUCGGCCGGCGGUACACGAGAGCUUCAAUUCGCAGUCUCAAAUGCAGGAAAGACUCUUGCUCUGACUGGAGCCCUAGUCGAUCAGGUGUUGGAUGUCAACGAGGUAUACACAGUUGCGGACGAUGAACCCUUACUCAGAAGCAGAGUUUGGGACAUCAUGUCCAGCUCCGAAGAACUAGUACAACGAUUCAUGGCUUCUCAAACAGACCUGAAAACGUAUCCCGGAGGCGGAUCGUGGAGCUCAGCUCUAUGGCGGGCCAUGAUAGGCGACCUAAUCAUGGACGAGUUCCCCAUCGAACGCGCCAAAGACUCACAUGAGAAGCCCUUCACGCAAGCCAGGGACCGAAUAGCGCAGGGAAAGCCCGAAGUCCCUAAUCCUGUUCUCGAAUCCCUUCGCGGCAUGGUACCCAAUCACGCUUUCUUCAUCACCGAGUCGGGCUAUAUAGGUAUCGGCCCACCCCACACCCUGCCAGGAGAUCAAGUGUGGGUUUUCCACGGGGGGAAGGUACCGUUUCUUAUGCGCAAGUUCGAGCGGGGUGAUGUUGGUGAUCAGACGAACAGGCUGACCUUGGUGGGCGAUGCUUAUGUUCACGGCAUCAUGGAUGGCGAGGCGGUGAAAGAUGGCCAUGAUGCACACACUGUAUUGAUAUAUUGA